CAAAAUCAUUUGAAAACCCAGGAGCGCUCAAAUAUACCUCUCGCGACGGUUAAAUUUCCUCUUCCCCAAAUUUCCCGAUCUCCCUAAAAUGGGACCCAAUUCAUAGCAUUUUAUAAUUCAUUUAUCGUUGUUAUUGUUCAUCAAAUUUCUUUUAGGCUUUAAUUUUCGAUUCUUCUGGGUUGCUUUGAUUUGAAACAACAAUGUCCGCAUCUACCGUCUCUAUCACCGCCAAUCACAUUGCGGGGGCUCGUCGCCGGCCGGUCCUCAUAGCCGAAAAGAAAUCGAACAUCGAAUCAUUGGCUGUCGAACCGAACCCUAAUGGAGUUAACGUUGGGGAAGAUAAAGCCGCCGGCACCGUUGCCACUGCGGGUCACAGCCGAGAUCUGAGCCAUCAUUCGAUCCGUGGCGAGGCGUCGAAGGACUCUAUGCAAACGAGAAAAGUCCCUGUGGGUCAAAACGGGAACAUUCCGCUUCGGCGAACGCGGAAAGGAGUGCUCAACAAGACGGAGAAACCCCGGUGGUUGACUGUGGGUAGUAUCUUUGUUAAGAAUUUAGUGCUUUUGCUUGUUUUGGCCGGGUUAGUUCAGAUUAUUAGGAGAUGGGCUUUGAAAUCUGGGGGUGUUAGUGGGGUUGGGACACAGAUUGGAUUAACUGAAUUCGAGGGUAGAGUUGCUGAGGUUGAGAGUUUUUUGAAGACCACAGCUAAAAUGAUUCAGGUUCAGGUAGAGGUUGUUGAUAGGAAACUUGAAAACGAAAUUGGUGGGUUAAGGAGGGAACUGAAUGAGAGAAUUGAGGAUCAAACUGGGGUCUUGCAGAAUUCGUUGAAAAAAUUGGAAGAAAAGAGUGAGGGAUUGGAUAAGUCCUUGAGUGAAUUGAAGAGCGCCAAUUUGUUGACAAAAGAAGAGUUCGAGAUGAUGUAUGAACAAAUGAUAAAGGAGAUGAGUGAAAAUGGUAAGACUGAAAAUGCAGUGAGUUUGAGUGAUCUAGGAGCAUAUGCAAGAGAGAUUGUUAAGAAUGAGAUUGAGAAGCAUGCCUCGGAUGGGCUUGCGAGGGCUGAUUAUGCACUGUUUUCGGGCGGGGGAAAGGUUGUUAGGCAUUCCGAGCCCUUUCUUGGUGGAAAGGGAAGCAACUGGUUUUUGACAAGUAGUCAAAAUGGUGUUCAUCGUGAUGCAGACAAGAUGUUGAAGCCUAGUUUUGGAGAACCAGGGCAGUGCUUUCCAUUGAAAGGAAGCAACGGGUUUGUUCAGAUCAAGCUGCGCACAGCUAUUAUCCCAGAGGCUAUUACUUUGGAACAUGUUGCCAAGAGUGUAGCAUAUGAUAGAUCCAGUGCACCCAAGGACUGCCGAGUCUCUGGCUGGCUGCAAGCUCGUGAUCUUGAUUUACCGGUUGAUGGCAAUAAGAUGUUUCUUUUGGCUGAAUUCACAUAUGACCUAGAGAAGAGUAGUGCUCAGACCUUUGAUGUGUUGGAUGCGGCAGGUGUUGGCAUUGUUGACACAGUCAGGCUGGAUUUCGCUUCCAACCAUGGAAGCCCUUCACAUACCUGCAUUUACCGUUUGAGGGUGCAUGGUCAUGAGCCCGAUUCUGUUUCAGUGGUGAAAAUGCUGCAUUCUUGACGCAUAUCAUCCUUUGCAAUCUGCAUUCCUCAUGUAAUUGUUUUUUUUUUUUUUUUUUUUGUCUUUGUAUUUAAUUAAAUAGUACUUAGGUCAUUCUACUUGCUAGAUACAGAUUUGUUAUCGUGUUAAUGUUUUCUUCUGUGUAGCAAAUGAGUGUGAAUCUACUUGUAGUAUUCCAGUUAGGCUCUACUUGAAUCGAGAACAAUGAUCUGUAUGAAACUGAAAUAGAUAUGCCUUGGUCUCUUGGCAGAAAAAGUUUGAUAGACCACUAUAAUUGUUUGGGCAAUUCAACACUAUCCUUGCUUAGAGUAUAUUCAUUUCAUAGACAUGAUCAUGAAUGAGU